AUGGGAAAAUACUAUAUUUUUCUGCUGGCUGCUAUUUUCUGCUUAAUUGGCCGAACUAUUGCUUGCCCGGCCGACUAUGGGGAAGAUGAGGAUAAGGAUGCAGCAGCCUUCGCGGGUAAGAGGGAAACAGGCAAACAAACAAAGGACUGCACCAAAUGCGUUGACCCGGUUGUUGCGCCGGGAAUAACGUACAAUUUUCGAUGGAAUAGAAAAGGGUGCAAAGUGGUGACGUUUCUGGGAUGUGAAACACAUUAUUACGAGAUCGAGGGCCUGAUUGGUGGGUUGGGCCCGCUACAUGCUUGCAGGUACAUUCCUGGAACUGGAUAUACCUGGUGGACGCCCGGACUGAACGCCACGCAAAAAGUCAGUUGCUGGAUUGGAACUUCAAAAAAC